UACCACGAAUCAAGUAUUCGUAUCUGUUAAUCUCUCUCCCUUCAAGGACUUUCCACACUACCACACACCAGCCUUCACCAGUACCGCAGCCAUGGGUAAGGAGAAGACUCAUAUCAAUGUCGUCGUUAUCGGCCACGUCGACUCCGGCAAGUCGACCACCACCGGACACUUGAUCUACAAGUGCGGUGGUAUCGACAAGCGUACCAUCGAGAAGUUUGAGAAGGAAGCCGCCGAGCUCGGCAAGGGUUCCUUCAAGUACGCUUGGGUGCUCGACAAGCUGAAGGCCGAGCGUGAGCGUGGUAUCACCAUUGAUAUCGCCCUCUGGAAGUUCGAGACUCCGAAAUACUACGUCACCGUCAUUGACGCCCCAGGUCACCGUGAUUUCAUCAAGAACAUGAUCACUGGUACCUCCCAGGCCGACUGCGCUAUUCUCAUCAUUGCUGCCGGUACUGGUGAGUUCGAGGCUGGUAUCUCCAAGGAUGGCCAGACUCGUGAGCACGCUCUGCUCGCCUACACUCUUGGUGUCAAGCAGCUCAUCGUCGCCAUCAACAAGAUGGACACCACCAAGUGGUCUGAGGACCGUUACAACGAGAUCAUCAAGGAGACGUCCAACUUCAUCAAGAAGGUCGGCUACAACCCAAAGACCGUCCCAUUCGUCCCCAUCUCUGGUUUCAACGGUGACAACAUGAUCGAUGCCUCCCCCAACUGCCCAUGGUACAAGGGCUGGGAGAAGGAGACCAAGACCAAGUCUACCGGUAAGACUCUCCUCGAGGCCAUCGACAGCAUCGACCCACCAUCGCGUCCAUCCGACAAGCCACUCCGUCUCCCACUUCAGGAUGUCUACAAGAUUGGUGGUAUUGGCACGGUUCCAGUCGGUCGUGUCGAGACCGGUGUCAUCAAGGCCGGUAUGGUCGUCACCUUCGCCCCAGCUGGUGUCACCACUGAAGUCAAGUCCGUCGAGAUGCACCACGAGCAGCUCUCCGAGGGUCUCCCAGGCGACAACGUCGGUUUCAACGUCAAGAACGUCUCCGUCAAGGAGAUCCGUCGUGGAAACGUCGCUGGUGACUCCAAGAACGACCCACCAAAGGGCUGCGAGUCUUUCAACGCCCAGGUCAUCGUCCUCAACCACCCAGGUCAGGUCGGUGCCGGUUACGCUCCAGUCCUCGACUGCCACACCGCCCACAUUGCCUGCAAGUUCUCCGAGCUCCUCGAGAAGAUCGACCGUCGUUCUGGCAAGUCCAUCGAAGCCUCUCCAAAGUUCAUCAAGUCUGGCGACGCUGCCAUCGUCAAGAUGAUUCCAUCCAAGCCCAUGUGUGUUGAGGCCUUCACCGAGUACCCACCACUCGGUCGCUUUGCUGUCCGUGAUAUGCGCCAGACAGUAGCAGUUGGCGUUAUCAAGAGCGUUCAGAAAUCGGACAAGGGUGGUGCCGGCAAGGUCACCAAGGCCGCCCAGAAGGCGUCCAAGAAGUAAACGACUUCUUCACGACACAGCACUCUGGCUUUUCUUCACGAUGCAUGAAAUGGUGUGAUGGGUCUUGGGGUUGCUCACGGCGACCUAUUCCGAUUCAGAUAGCGUGGUGGAAUGAAAGUUUCAAUACCCUCUAUCUUCUCUCGUCUUCUCUG